AUGGGCCCACUCCGACCGUUUACCGUCACCAUCAUCGGUGGAGGCAUCGGUGGCCUCGUUCUCGCGGUUGGUCUGCUACGACGUCAGGUUCCGGUUCAAAUUUAUGAGGCAGCUGCUGCCUUUGCAGAGAUCGGGCUAGGGCUAUCCAUUGGUCCGGCGGCUCACCGGGCUAUGCCCCUCAUCGACCCAGAGAUUCGAGCCAUCUACGACGCUCUUGUCACAACCCACGCGGAUAGCCCCGGCUAUGAACAAUACAAACAAACGUGGUUUGAACUCGUUUGGGCCACGGGCGACCAUGAAGGCGAAACUAUAAUGAACCUAAAGGCCUUGCCGUCGGGACAGACGACGCUGAGACGUGCGGACUUCCUCGCCGCCCUCGUGGCUCUGGUCCCUCCCGAAAUUGUUCAUUUUGGCAAACGGUUGAACCAACUGACGGAAACAACAGACGGGGUCCGGCUACAAUUUGAAGAUGGUACAAUCGCCAUGGCCGAUGUGGUGGUAGGAUGUGAUGGGAUAAAAUCCAAGGUCAAGGAAUCAAUGCUACCCGAGGAGUCUGCUGCCAAACAGCCUCGGUAUAGUGGCAUGUAUGCCUACCGGGCUGUCUUCGACAUGGAUGAGAUGGUGACGGCCGUCGGUGAUCAACGCGCCCGCGUAUCCACCAUGUAUCUCGGCAAAGGCGCCUAUGCCAUCUCCUACCCCAUCAUGCGUGCCAAAAAGGUGAACUUUGGUCUCUACAUCCUGAGUGAGACCUGGGAUCAUGAGGCAUGGGUUCGGCCAGCAAGUAAAGAACAUAUGCGACGAGAUGCCCAGGGUAUGGGUAGAUAUGUACAGGCUCUCGUUGAGCGCAUGCCUGACCCUUCGCAAUGGGCCCUCUUUGAGCAUCCCCAUUUGUCAACGUACACUAAAUCUCGCGUGGCCAUCUUAGGUGAUGCGGCUCAUGCCUCUACGCCACAUCAAGGUGCGGGUGCCGGUCAGGCUAUCGAGGAUGCCCACGUCCUGGCAGAGCUCUUGAGCGACCCGCGAGUAAACAGCGUAGACAACGUCGUGGAGGCGUUCAGAGCUUAUGAUCAAGUCCGUCGACCACGAAGUCAGCAUGUGGUCACUACGAGUAAGGAGAACGCCUAUCUACUGUGCUUGUGUUUGGAUGGUGUGGGGGAUAAUGAGGUAAAACUACGAGAGACAUUCCAGCAACGACUGCGAUGGCUUUGGGACCUGGAUAUACAGGAGCAGGCUGAACAAGCAAGGAGGAAGAUGUUUAGCGAGUGUAAACUUUAG